CCGGAGAUGUCCUUAAUAUGACUUCUCAAUCCCCUUUGUCUGUUCGCGCAGAUGAUAGCCUGUCAGAGGCCUUCCGCGACAGUGGCACCCCUGGUCGGACUCCUCGAUCUGAGGCGUCGGAGGGCCCUGUUCACGACCAGGAGCACAAAGACAAAUCAAACAACCCAUACCGCCAACACCAGACAGCCUCAGCAGUAUCAUUGACAAGAUCGACAUCUCAAGAAACUGAGCACUCUGUGCCAGGAGUACGGAAGAAGACACCUGUCAGAGCUGUUUUCUAUGACUUGCCUACCGCUCACCUUUCUAUUACUACGGGCUCUGCGAGAAGCAGAUCCCGGGAAGCCAUCAACAGUCUGCUGGAGAGUCAUGAUGACAAAGACUCAAUUCCCCUCCAGGAACUUCCAUCGACAAAGCUUCAUGAUAAUCUCCUCCACAACCUUCCAUUACCCCCGCUACCCGCAGCUAUUUCGCGUCCUCGCGGCAACAACUUGACUAAACAACGCCUUCGCGAUGAUGAUGGCAAUCGUCUCUCCAAAGAACAUGGAAACCUGGCUCUAUCAAUGCAGCAGGACACCCAAAGCCAACUAAGUUCCAGCAUCAAGCACGCUCCGGGAUUGAAAUUAGGCAUCCCUAUGCUAUCUCAGCAGAAAGCAAUACCAUUCGAAAAACUUGGGAAUGGAAAGGAAGCCAAGUCAAGCCGAUACGGCUCUCAUAAUCACUCCUCAGGCCAUUUCCCGAACUUCAAGGCCGACCUAUCUGGAUCUGUACCGUCAAGCAGCAAGGAGAAGCAUGGCAGUGCUGAAUUUUCCAAAGAAGACACUCAGUCACUCAAUCUUCCGAGCACGCCCGCCAAUGUUGAUAGUCACAUAUUGCCAAGUCGGUUUCCAAGCUCUGGAACACAGUCAAAUGGCGUCCCAUCACUACCUGAAGGUAGCACAGUCGGUAAUAUCUACAACCAUUACACUGCUUCGAGCAGCGGUGAUGCAGACAGUGAGGCUACCCUCCCAAGUCUGAAUCCUGCUUCUGCAAAGCCAUCCUAUCACCCAACUUCGAAUAGUGGUCUUUCGUCCAGCUCUAUAUUGGACGAUCCGGUGGUACCCUCUGCUCUCAAUAUUCGUAAGCAACGUCGAGUCGACAGACUGACGACAAACCCCAAUGGCCAGCCUCCUAUCUUUGCACUACCAACGGUUCCUCAGCUUGCUACAAGGCGGGUUAUCCCCAGUAGCUCGCAAGGCAUUGAGCAGUCUUCAUCCUAUGGAGAUACAAAAAACCUCCUAGAAAUUACACAGCGGUCGCACUGGUCCGAUCACAAAUCUCUUAUGAGCCGGUCCGAGGCCCGAAAUGAUCUACGAUCUGAAGUAGCUGCAUCAGAGUUGGAGGAGUAUUCUGAACCUAGCCUGCCUGCUCUGAACUCAAACAACCCCUUUAAGUUGAGACAUGGUCCACAUGUUGUUGUUUCUCAACACAACGAUCAUGAAUGUAUCUAUGAUGAUGACUGCGAUCUCGAUCACACUUCCGCCGGAAGACUACCACUUGAGCGAGAGGUGAGUAAAGCACUCAGACGUGUCAGUGGCGUCAGCACUCAGAGCAAUGGAAGUAUAUCCUCUUCUGUGCUCCAAUAUGGGGGGUUUGAACCCAAAACGUCUACGUCCAAAGUGACUGGAUUACUCAGGAAAUUGAAUAUUGAAGAUACUCCUCCGUCAGAGUCAGAGAGCUUUGGUGAAGAUACAAAGAACGGUGUUGCUCAAACGCAGACCUUCUAUGAUGAAGGUGCUAUUUCUCAUAAUUGGAUUACUGCUCAUCGACAGAAUGCGGUCCGCAUACCUAUCAACCAUAAUGGGCUCUUCCCAAAUUCGCCUCCCGAAUCACCCCUGGAGCUAAACAAUGUAGCCCCCGGACGUCAAAAUCUCGGGGUUCUCAGUGAAUUUGAAGGAGAUAUAAAUGACUGGGAGACCGUCGGAGAGAGUGCUCGUGGAGUCGGAUUUAAGGGCACCAGAGACGCAUUUCGCACACCUGGAGAGACCACGAUCCAUCGAGCGGGGAGUAGUCUUGCCAACACUUCUGAUGAUGGCACUUCCAGUCUUCACAUAGCAGAGGUUGACGAGUACGGCUCUACAGAGAGGAUUGCACAGCAUCCCGGCACAAUUCAAUAUUCAGGUGACUAUCGUCAACGAGACAUUAAGAAGACACGCAUACCGGUUUUCCUCCCAGUGUUCCGAGAACAUAAAGUCAACGGCUACCUAGCAGACUCCAACCGAAUCCGUCCUCCUUACAAUCCCAUCCCCUACCGUCCUCCACCUCUAGCAAACCCACAUACGAACCCUUUCAAAUCUCCGCCACCAGAAGUCCUGUCAACUGGGGCAGCUAAGCAAAGUCUCCUUCAGAGGCGCAAUCGACGUCGUCCCAGACCCAAUCAUUUCCCGCCUUCCACCAAGUCACUCGCUAUAACUGAAGCUGAGGUGACUCGACAAGGCGUGGAAUCUAUAUCAUCUGAAGUUACGCCUUCUGCUUCAGCUCAGCGCGAGCGCGCAUUACGAACACUAAUUUGGAUGGAAGAGUCUGGAGAGCCAGAGCCAGAGCCAACUGCCAGCCGUACAAAGCGUCAAUUCUUAAGGCCAAUCAACCCUGUCGGUCGACCUGAUCGCCCAAAUUCUUGGCAACACAUGAUGAUUCUGGGCAGAGGAGACAAAAUCGAUGGUUAUAAUUCUGAUGGAUCACCGGUCAUAGAGGGAAGCUCAUCGGGCAAUAAAGGAUCUGCCGACCCAAAUUUACAAGGCGCAACUCAGACUGACGACCUCGUCGAGCCGACAAGAUAUGCGGGGAAUAGACGCGCCGCGAACAAUCGGCAAUACAAACCACUUGUUCAAGGUCCACCCGGUGCUUUUUACCAAGGUCUAGCACGCUCGAAGCAGGACCAUAAACGCGCUGGCUCGUCCGAUGUCCGUGAGAGGCCUGCUAGGAUCCCGAGUGGUCGUAACAAUUCUAAGGAUUACCCAACCAAUGCACUUCGACCUCUGUCUCUUCUGGUCACUCGACCUACGACACCAAAUGAGAUGGAAAACAGAAACCCGUUCCGAGACCGUCCACAUGAUUUCGUCUAUCGAUCCCCCCUUGCGCCACUCAAACACCUGACCUGGCAACAGUUAUACACCGACACGCAAUUGACGACCAUCCGAGAAUCCGCUGUAUCUGAUGGUUUCGUCGAAGGACCGAUUCCACCUAACGCUGGACUCCUGGGCCGAGACGUUAGAGAGGAAUCGUCACAGAGACACCUGUUUGAAAGCCCACGAUUGUGUUCAUGGUCCCGGGACUCGUCCAUAAGGACCAAUUAUCGCCAGAGAAAGACAAAGAUCUCUAUCGUGGUGCUAAUCUUAUGCAACUUCUUUCCUCCACUACUUUUCCUGUACGCAAUUGGCCAAUUGGAUGGAAUCAUCAUGUGGUGGACCAGUGGAGAACUCUCAACCUUCGGGAAGAAUACGAAGAGAUGGGCAUACAUACUGAUGUGUUCUUGGGGGUUGGCCAUCUCGUUAGGGCUAGUCAUCUUCCUCAUCCUUUGGUUCACGGUCUUGCACCAGGGCGCGUGA